CUCAAUAUCUUUCCUUUUGUUGUUGUGGUUGUCUCAGCAGGUUUUCAUUUGUGGGUGGUUGGGUUCAAUGGUAGUCAUCACAAAGGCGAAUGACAUGAGGAGAGCAGCUCUCUCUCUCUCUUUCUCCCUCUCUCACUUUGGGCUCCCGACCGACCUGACAACCGAUCACGGGUGUUGGCCCCCGCUUGGCCCCCGCGCGCCCGCUGGCUGGUGCCCGCCCCGCCAAAGCGCACGCACGCACGCACGCACGCAAGGCAAUCGACUCCUCUCGCCGAUUGAUUGCUUGAUUGUCGACGAGUUUCAGCCCGACGGCAAUCUACCUGAAGUGGAAGCCUCGGGCGUCGUCACCCGCCUCUGCUGCCGUCAUUUUCGUCAUCGCUACUUACGGUCGCGUCUCGGUAUUUGGGUAGGCAUAUAUAUAUACGGGUUUUCUGUUGGCUGCGGGCGUUUUGCUGGACUGUAACGCCCCGCUCCCGUCGCGCUACUGUACUGUAUGUACCUAUCACCUCACGCCCGCUCAACGCUCAAACGCUUUAAGACUCAGCCUCACCGCCCUCCGCCCACCGCACGCACGUUCGACGCUCGACGACCGACCGACCGUGACACACACACACGCACAC